AUGGACACCAAUAAUUUAGGCCAAGGUCCAACUGCAGAUUUUAAAGGAGAAUAUGUUCAUCCUGUUGUCUCUGCAAAUAAGGGAACAGCAUCAUCACUGUUGCUUGAAGAAUACACCAAGACCCACAUUUGUAAAAAUCCUUUGAAAGGAGGAGGAAAACAAUCCAGGCCCGAUGCAACUUUUCUUCCAAAAUCAAGUGAAUCUCCUUUUGGAAGUUUCCCAAAUGAAAUGAAGCCAAGAACAAUGAAGACUCAAAGAAUUCAAUCAUCGACAGAAUCUUCCCUUGAUUCAGGAUUGGUUGGUUCUAAAAUCUCUAAGAAAAUUGGAUCUGGAGGAGCCUCAAGCUCUUUAAGAGAAGGUAAAAAGCCAACACCUCCACCAAAACCUGUUGCUGGUGCAAUGGAAAGAAGAUCCAUCCCAGAAACACAAUUCAGAAAGUUUUACGAAAGAGGAGACUUACCAAUCUCUAUUAAACAUGAGGGAACAAAUGAAAUCCAUUGGAAAGUUAAAGCUGAAAAACUCGAUUAUCAUCACUACCUUCCAAUAUUUUUUGAUGGGUUAAGAGAAAAAGAAGAGCCAUAUAGAUUUUUAGCAGUGCAAGGAACAUUUGAUUUGUUAAAAUAUGGUAAAGAUAAGAUUGUGAACUGCAUACCACAACUAAUUAUUCCAAUCAAGACUGCUUUAAAUACAAGGGAUCCUGAAAUUAUAUGUACAGUACUGAAAGUAAUCCAACAAUUAGUUUUAUCAAAUGAGAAAGUUGGUGAAGCCCUAGUUCCUUACUAUAGACAAAUUCUUCCAAUUUUCAAUCUCUUCAAGACCAAUAAUAUCAAUCUUGGAGAUGCCAUUGAAUAUUCUCAAAGAAAGAGACUAAAUAUUGGUGAUUUAAUUGAAGAAACUCUUCAACUGUUAGAGCAAGAAGGAGGUGAAGAUGCAUUUAUUAAUAUUAAAUACAUGAUUCCAACCUAUGAAUCGAGCGUGCUCAAUUAAACAAUGUUUCCCCUUGUAUAGAAUCCAAAAAUAAACCCUUUCU